AGUAGCAAUAUCAUAAGAGAUUAGAUGACGUCACAGCGGGGCCGAAUUUUUGUGACGAGUUUUUUAGCGCGUAUUUUCCAGUGUUUGCUCUUCUGCUCUGCACCAACUCAACAUCUCACAAAGUGUACAGGACAGCAAUCAACAGUUGUAGCCCGCAAAACGACAACAACAUUUACAAGUGGCUUUCUUGCAAAAGAAGCCCGGUUUGCUCGAAACAUUGCCACUGAGCUUUGCUUCACACAAGAGCCUUCCGAAAGUCUGGGGUACGACUCAAACUGCCCCUGAU